UAUUCAUGGCUAAGCUUCUCAUAAUCUAUGCAGUUGCCAUUCUCGGCGUCGCGCUAACAAGCCAGGCCACCGUGUACACCGUAGGCGACACCGCCGGUUGGGAUAUCAGUGCAGACUUUCCAACAUGGCUGACCGGCAAAACAUUCUUCAUUGGUGAUGUUCUAACAUUCCAAUUCUCCCAGUACCACACCGUCAACGAGGUUGAUAAGGCCGGCUAUGACAGCUGCAAUGCCUCUAACGCUCUGCUCUCGAACGGCAAUGGAAAUAUCUCCAUCCCUCUUACCACUGGUGGCGAUAAGUACUUCAUUUGUGGUGUUCGGUUGCAUUGUAUGGGUGGCAUGAAGCUUCAAGUAAGCGUUACAACGAAUCAAUCAAUAGCUCCAGUCAGUGCACCACAAUCCCCAGUAUUCCAUCCUCAACCUCCUCCUAGUCCAAUUCAGAAGCCUUCGAUAGAUGGUAACAGCUUGUUACCUCCCUUUACAAGUGAUUCUUAUCAUGUUACAAAGAGUUCCAUGUUUGUAGCUUGGUUGUGCACCUUUGGAGCUUUUUGGCUGCUAUUUUUAAGAGUGUGAAAAUAUGAUGCCUAGUUGUUUUAACUUUUACUUUUAUUAUUGUCUCUCUCUCUCUCUCUCA